GGAUGGUUGUGUAACUUGUGUUAUUUAGAAAUUCGAAUUUUGAGAAGGAUAUCCCUUUGCUUUCAACAAAAUCUUAAAAGUAGGUAUGUCAUCUGGAAGAGAUAUCUUUUUGAAAACAUUUGGAAACAAUACAUGGCGAAUGCAACGGUCAAUUCUCAGCUCCUUGUCAAAAAAAAAAAACUAUCUAGCGGGGAAAUAAACCAACAAAAAGAGAAGGAAAAGGGGAAAAUGAGGGCGGGACUGUAAGUGAAGGUAGGGUUAGGGUUUUAAGGGGGUUGAGACGGAGGAGGAACAAGAGGGCAGAAUGGGGAUUUUACAUGCGUGUUUUAAUUAAUCAAUUAAAAAGGGCAGAAGGAAAGAGAGGGUGGGGCCUGUAGGAAAGCAUAAAAUGGGAGUAUCGGUACAACUUUGGUGAACUAGAAGAAAGAAUGAGCAAGAGACCUCCGCCUGAUCCCGUGGCGGUGCUGAGGGGUCACCGCGCUUCUGUCACCGACGUCUGCUUUCAUCCCUCCAAUUCUAUACUUUUCACAGGGUAUAUAUAUUCUAUACUUUUCACAGGUUCUUCAGAUGGGGAGUUGCGGAUAUGGGAUACAGUACAGCACCGGACAGUAUCAUCCGCCUGGGUGCACAGCGCGGCACACGGCGUUGUCUGUGUUGCCGCUAGUCCUUUAAUUGGAGACAACAAACUUGUCAGCCAGGGUAGGGAUGGAACCGUUAAGUACUGGGAUAUCGAGGAGGGAGGUCUGUCAAGCUUGAUUUUCAAUUUUGACAACAGGUCUCCUUCUCUUACAAUCAAAACAAAUGCUUACCACUUUUGCAAGCUUUCCUUAAUGAAGAAGCCUUGUGCCUGUGCAAGGCAAGCUGAAGGGCCUAAGCAUUAUCAUGAUAUGGAUGUCAAGGACACAGUUGAUGCUGAAAUGCUGAAUGAUAGCAGUGGAAAGGCUCAAGAAAGUCUGACAGAGUGUUCUGAUGCUGCACAUGCUGAAGGGCCAAAAUAUGUUGCAAUAGCGGGGGAACAGUCUUCUGAGGUUGAGAUUUGGGAUCUCAAUACUGCAGAAAGGAUUGCACAAUUACCUCAAAAGUGCCUUGGUGGAUCCUCAAAUUAUUGUACAAAAUCAAGAGGAAUGUGCAUGGCUGUUCAGGCAUUUUUACCAUCUGAAUCACAGGGUUUCCUAAACAUCUUGAGUGGUUAUGAGGAUGGAACCAUGGUUUGGUGGGAUAUAAGGAAUCCAGGGAUUCCUAUAACUUCUGUAAAGUUUCAUUUGGAGCCAAUUUUAAGCAUAUGCCUUGACGGGUCAUGCAGUGGGGGAAUCUCUGGAGCUGCAGAUAACAAAAUUGUGAUAUUUGGUCUAGAUAAUCCGAUGGGUUCGUGUGUAGUCAAGAAAGAAAUUAGUUUGGAGCGGCCUGGCAUAUCAGGCACCUCAGUUCGAUCGGAUGGCAAAAUUGCUGCAACUGCUGGCUGGGACCAUAGAAUAAGGAUAUUUAAUUAUCGUAAAGGAAGCGCUUUGGCAAUAUUAAAGUAUCAUCGUGCCACGUGCAAUGCUGUCUCAUUCUCACCUGAUUGCAAGCUAAUGGCCUCCUCCUCAGAAGACUCCACAGUUGCGCUGUGGGAACUUUACCCUCCCUAAUACAGAACUUAAAUUAUAUAGACUGCAAUGCACCAAGCUGGGAUUGCGAGAUUCGUGGUCAAUGGCAUGGUCCAGAUGCUUUGUUUCUCUUAUUUUCAUCACUUAAUUUCUGUUUUGUUUUAUACUCAUGUAAUAGUAGAUUUUGGGUCUCAUGUUGAGGUGUUGUACAUACAGUAUAGAGGGUUACUUACAUUGAUCAUAUUUAUUUCGGUUUUUCUUCUAGGCUGGAAAUAUACAAAGGGGACUUGAUGUAUAAAAAGAAAGUGGGAGACUGGAAAAUUUUGCUGUGUUUUACACGGCGCUCUAAAUCAGUUAGGUUGGUUUGCAUAAA